UAUAAUUGGAUCCUAUGUGUCUUGUGUCCUAUCCAUCUUAAGUGAAUUUGGUUGAAUAAUUUUCGCCUUAGUAGCGUAGAUAGGCACCUAUGCCUUAUAUAAAAAAAUAGGAUUUUGUUAUUUAAUGAUCAUAUUUUUACAUUAUUUAUCGUUGUUUUUAACAGAAUAGUUGGUAUGUUGCGAUAAAUAUACAUUAAACAGUCUUCCGUCUGUUCAUAAUAAGUUAAAAUGGAUAUUUUAAUAAAAGUUAACAAUCAGUCCAAUGGAAGGGAUAAACUUGCCAGAUUAUUUCAAUAUACAAGUCGUUUGGUCUGGCAUCAACUUGAAUCCAGAAAUGCAAAUAAAUAUUCUGUUGAUAGAAUAAAAAGCUUAGAAAAUGCUUUAAGCUCAUUUAGAAAAGUGCUCAGAAUGGGAAGAUGCAUUGACAUCUGUUACUUAGCUCUAAAUACAAUGAACAUAGAAGACCCAUUCUUGCGAAUAUCAUUGACAGUGAGCAAGAUUGCUCAUGCCUUAUACCUAUAUGCAGAUCAUGUAGUAUGGCUCACAAAAAGUGGAUUCCUAAAAAGUGAUACCGACAACUGGAACAAAACAGCCAAUAGGUUCUGGCUAUUAUCUAUUAUUGCUAACUUAGCCAGAGAUUUUUAUGAAAUAUUACACAUAUUAGAAUUAAACAGAACUAUGUUACUGAAACCCACAAACCUAUUCAGUGGUUCUGUGAAACAUUUUGACUUGCAAGCUAGUAUGAAGCAUAUGUACACAAUUGUAAACUGUCACAAAGAUAUAUUCAUCGACACAUUAAAGAAUUCCUGUGACAUUUUCAUACCAUUAACAGCUUUGGGAUUUACUAAAUUUAGUCCAAGUGCUGUAGGAGCCUUGGGUGCAAUUUCUUCGCUAGCUGCAUUACUUACAAUGGUCAAACCAAUUACAAAAUUAAUUCCAGCUUAAAGCGGGUUUUUCACUAUUGAAUGUAAUUUAUUUUAUAUACCAAUAUACAAAUGAAAUCUUUCAAUUGACACUAAGAGUUUAAUCAGUGAAAUGACCAGUUUAUAAUUAUAUACAAAUGGUCACUAACAGGCAGCAGCAAUAGAAAAAAACACUUAUACCUGAAUAUUAUGUGGGAAGUGUAAAAUGAUUGCCAAUGAUUCUAUAUAUAUUGGGGUACUUUUAUAUAUAUAUAUUUCUUUUU